CAAGAAGAGAGAGAGAGACGGGCGAGAUCCAGUGCUCCUCCUCCCUGAAGUUUCUGCGGCUUCGACUGAAAACUGGACGAAACUGAGGGCGAAAGUUCUGUUCCAGUAGUGAAAAGUCAGUUGGAGCGCGCAGUCAAAAGGGCCCUCGAUCACAUUAGAACGGCGUGAACGAAACGAACGAAUCCAACAGCUUUUAAUCCGAUCAAGCGGUUUAUCAUGUCGUCCGUCAGUGGUGAACCCCGACAUCCCCCCGUAGUCUCCAGCGUGUGCACCGAUCACGGAAUCUAUUCGGGAACGCUAGUGGACCCGAUCUCGGCCAACAGUGAGCACGGCCAGCACAGGCGACUUAGCGCUUCUUCGUCGUCAUCAUCCGUCGCGGAUACCAGCGAUCCGGCCGUCCGUCGCGUCGUCUACAACUUGUACCGCGGCCUACUUGGCACCUACAACGACAAAGCCAACGAUAUCGUCGCCGCUAUGCCGCCAGAGAUGGUCCGCCAAGAUCAGGGCAUCGCCAAACAAAUCGAGAGCAUGAUACGCCAGUCGGAAGAAAUCAAGAGCGGCGUUAGCCGCAGGAGCAGCACCGGAAAUAUUGGCCCGUUUCUAUCAGGUGUCAGAAGCAGCGUUCACGCGCCGCCAGUUGGUAGGCCUUUAGAGACCAGUAACAUGGACGCCCCGGCCGUCCCAGGACUCGAAGGUGGAGUCGCGUUUCAGGGCAUGAUGGCAGGACCACCUCCGCCACCACCGCCUCCUCCUCCUCCACCUAUGCCCAGCAGCCAUGGAGCUGGUAAUAUGCCGGCAAUCAGAAUCAAUACGGAGAUGGGAGGUGGGCCGAAUUCGGCGGGGAGCGCCGGCGGAGGUAAACACUUGCCCGGUGGUGGCGUGCCAUUUAGUUACAUCCCGCCGUCUGCCAUUCAAAACGCCAUGAUGACCAAGGACAAGAAACCGUUCACUUACACUCCGGGCGGUAUUGACUUUUUGGCCGAGAUCCGGUCGCCUCGGAUGCAGCGACGCAUCUCCAAGAACGCGGCGGACGAAGGCGUUGCCAGUCAUCCGCACCAGACACCGGCCAAUCCGCCUGGAUCGUCGCCGACGCCGUCUCACUUAAGUCCUCAAGCUCUGAUGGCCAUGCAGCCUCAAAUGGCCGUGCCCGUCUUCCCUCCGACGCCACAGCAGAUGCCCGUCCUCCAUUCGCCCGCUUUGCACUUACCAGCAACUCCUCCAACGCCCGCAGUCGUGGCGGCCACCUGUCCGCUUCCUCCCCCUCCGCCGCCGACGCAUCAGAAUUACGUCCAACAGCAGAGCGUAGAAUCUUCGCCGCCACAGCCAAUGCGCAUCAAUCUGAAGCCAGCGGUGCCGCAGUUUUUGCAAUCGCAACCCCAAACGCAAUCGCCGGAGCAGAUGUUCGAAGAGAUUAUGAACUCUUUGUCGGCCAGGAGCAAUAACAAUCAGGCUCAGAGUUCAAUUCCGGCUACUUAUGCUCCACAACAGCCGGUUGUUGCUCCAGCGCCAGUAACGCCAUCUGCUCCGGCCACGGUAUCGACCCCGGAACGUCGAAACACUCAGCUGGGAUCGAUUUACAUCCCACCAGUGAACAAUAAUGCUGCUAAUGGGAGCCCUAACACUAGUAACAACGCGAAUAGCAAUGGGCCAAACGGACCUUUGUCCCCACUUGCAUCGGCUCAGUUGGCCAAGGCACCGAUGCCGUGGAUGAAUUCGCAGAACCGGCCUUCUAGUUCUCCGACUCCAAUCUUCGUCCACAAUCAACAGCAGCAACACGAACGGGUUAUCCCUGUCGAGCGAGAAGAGAACGUACAAAAACCGUUUCAAACUGCGGCAUCCGCUUCGGGCAACGUCCGCGUCGUUCCAAUCGCAGUAGAAGGAACCACAAGGGCCCCUCCGACGCCGCAAAGAAGUGUUUCGUCUGUUAAAGAGGAAACCGUCCAUCCACCUUGGCAUAACGCACAGGGCAAAGUUAUACCCAUUCACUUGGAAAGCGGUGGAUCGGGAGUUAGCGUGACUCCAGUUACCGUUCAUAGGCAACCAGAUGCUCAACAAAGUUAUCAACAACAACAACAACAGCAAGCUCCCUGGAGGACGCAAGCUGCCGCUAAUGCUAACCAAAUUGCUUCCAUGAUGGAAGAAUUGAUGAUGUCCCCAACAAACAACGGGCGCCAACAGCAUGAACAACAUCACGAAUCGCCCUCGAAUCCAAUGGCAGCUGGAUCGUACAGUCGUGCUGCCAGUGUCGAACAACCUCGAGGACAGCCGACCCAAUCACGCUCUUUCCGGAUCCUACAGAUGAUCCACGAUCCAGCCGAUGAUUCAGCUGAUGCUGAAGCCGAACCGACUGAGAGUUCUGGACGUCUAUCUCGUUCCUCUAUUGGCAGCAACAACAGCGGUGGCACAAGCGGUGGUCGCUUAUCCCAACAUUCCGGCCCGCCACCCGUCGGUGAACGCCGCUUGAAUUUGACUCAAGACGAUCGUGAGCUCAUGGACAUGUUCCGUUCACAAGUGAACGAGGAGCAGUCGCUACACCAAGAGGUCGAUCCCCGCUACAGAGGCUCGCACAUCCCCUCGCGAGCUUUCCGCAUUUUGCAGAAUUUCACCGCCACCGAUUCGUCCGCCGCUGAGGAUGCGUAUCAACAGCAGCAGCAAAUGAACCGUGCUCAAGCUAACAAUCCGAUGCCAUCCAACGUAGCAGGCGCGACAACAAACAUAAAUCGUGGGCCACCUAGUGAACAGAGUGAACCCGAACCCAAAAAGUAUAUGGGAGGCAACAUCCCAUCGAGGUCGUUUCGAAUGCUGCAAGCCAUGACUGCACUGGAUCCCAAUGCUGACAUGGAACGCGUCUUCAUGACGUCACGUAGUCCAGAACUAGUCGGCAGGAGCGAUUCGGUCGAUAACCCUACAAUUUCAUCUCCUAACGAGACAAGAAAUGAGCCACACAAAGUGAAUGGAUAUGAAUCACCAAACGAAAAGAAUGCAGACGAACUCAAAGCCCCUAGCCCAAAUCCUACGCCUUCCAUCCUCAUCGACAACUAUGAAGAAGAAGACUUGCAGGCCCAGAUAAUGGUACUGGCUACGACUGCAACGGACCAGCAAUCAGAAAUGAACACGAGCGAUCACUCGGGACUGACAAAUAGUGGCGCUGAAGUGAAACGUAACAGCGAUCAGGAAGUUGAUGCUGACACUGAAUCAGAAACCACUCACCAUCACAGUCGACUCUUGCGACUUUUGAGUGGCGAUCUUGGAACUGAUGGCGUGAGAGAUGCAGAGACCGGUGCCUUGUCGGUCCCGAAUUCAACACCUUCGGCUUCGGAAACGGAAGCCAAUUUUUUGCCUCCCAAUCUGCCGGGCGUUCGGUUACGCAUCCGCUCAUUGCGAGCGAAAGAUCGGAUUCCCUCACGUGUUUUCCGUUCACUCCAGCACGAAUUCGAUUCAAGCACGGAGGACAUAACGCAGGCUGUCAUCUCUUCACCGCCCCCAUUUUCACCGAACCAUAACAGCCAAUUGACCUCAGGAUUAAUCGGCCAUUCUGGUUUCUUUCGUUACUCACGACUAUAUGCUUCAGUAACACCUGAAACGCCUUCGUCGGCAACGUCUGAAUUGGACGGAUUCUUCUCACAUCAUCAAAAUGCUCUUCAUUGAUUCAAAGAAAAUGCUACAUGGUUCCAGACGAGCUCAAUUCUGGUGGGCCAGAUAGUUUUUUUGUUAAGAAAAUGGAAAAUCAGCCAGUGUAUCAAAGAAGGUAAAUCCGACCUCUGAAAAUCGUUACAGCAUUGCAGUUUAGACCGGUUUGACUUCCGCAUCCGCAAGUGCCGAACCGACAACGUGGGACACUUUAUAUUUCUUUCUUCUGCGUCUAUCCGCAUCACCUCAUUAUUACUGAACUAAUCAACUUCGAAUGUUCCUGUCAUCGAUCCGACUUUUAUCAUUACAUACCGUGCCCUUUUCACUCGGAUGCAUUCACAUCGGAUCUGAAUCCUUCAAUCUUUUGCCUUUAUUACUUUUUUUUUUUUUUACACAUCAACGCGAACUUCAGCAUGGUUAUUCGUCUCUAAUAAGUAUUCGUCUUCUUGAUUGAGUUCAAUCGGAUUCAAUACCAAUUUGCCCAUUUUGAACAAAAAUAACCAAUCAACCUUAAUUUGUUGAGAAAUGUGAUUUACAUAAGAAGAAUUGAAAAUAGGCAACCACAAAAAAUUUAAUACAAAACUGAAAAA